UGUCUUCCGCCGGCUGAAGUUGGAGCUGCAUGUGUGUCUGUGGGGAGCACGACUGGGGCUGGGGGCGCUGUGCCCCCAGCCUCGUGCUCCUCUUGAGUCUACUGUCUGCAGCCCCAUUUGGCCUGCGGGGGGAGGAGACCCGGCAGGUGUCUCUGGAGGUCAUCCCUGGCCAGCUGGGGACCUCCCAGAAUCUGCUUCACGUCCGAGCGGUGGGCACCAACUCCACGCUGCACUAUGUGUGGAGCAGCCUGGGGCCUCCCGCCGUGGUGCUGGUGGCCACCAACACCUCCCACAGCACGCUGGGCGUCAACUGGAGCCUCCUGCUCUCCCCUGAGCCUGACGGGGGCCUGACAGUGCUCCCCAAGGACAGCGUCCAGUUCUCUUCCACCCUUGUCUUUACCAGGCUGCUUGAGUUUGACAGCACCAACGUGUCGGAUGGCGCAGCAGCGCCGCCGGGAAAGACGUACCCCCCAUACUCCUUGGCCGAAUUCUCCUGGAACAACAUCUCUGACUCGCUGGAUCCUGCCACCCUGAGUGCCACAUUCCAAGGCCGCCCCAAGGCCGACCCUACUGGGGCCUUCACCAAUGGCAGCAUCGCCUUCAGGGUGCAGGCCUUCUCCAGAUCCGGCCGACCCGCGCAGCCCCCUCGGCUCCUGCACACUGCAGACACCUGCCAGCUAGAGGUGGCCCUGGUGGGGGCCUCUCCCCGGGGAAACCGUUCCCUGUUUGGGCUGGAGGUGGCCACCCUGGGCCAAGGCCCUGACUGCCCCUCUGUUCAGAAGCAGCACACCAUCGAUGAUGAAUAUGCACCUGCUGUCUUUCAGGUGGACCAGCUGCUGUGGGGCUCCUUCUUGGGCUUCGUGCAGUGGCGACCAGUGGCUUUCUCCCAGCAGCAGAAAGGCCGAGAAUCAGCUCUAUCCUGCCAAGCUUCUCACCUUCACCACACUUCGGAAUACUUUCUCCCCCAGUCCCCCAUUGUGCGGGCUUUCUUUGGGUCUCAGAACAACUUUUGUGCCUUCAAUCUGACAUUCGGGGCCUCCACGGGACCUGGUUACUGGGACCAACACUACCUCAGCUGGUCGAUGCUCCUGGGGAUGGGCCUCCCUCCAGUGGACACCUUGUCUCCUCUAGUCCUGGGCAUCAUGGCGGUGGCCCUGGGUGCUCCAGGGCUCAUGCUGCUUGGGGGAGGCCUGGUCCUGCUACUGCGCCACAGACGGCACUCAGAGUACCAGUCCAUAAACUGAGGCCCACCCUCAGGGGAAGGACAUUGCUGGGCAUGCCUUCCUAGGCCUCAACCCCCUGGAGAUUGGGGGAUCAGUGUUCUGCCUGCCCCUCACCUCUCCCAUUUUGCUUUUCUGCGGAACCUCAGAAACUAGCCUCAACUUCCUGGGGGCCCCCAGGUGGGGUUUCCUUCUUACCUUGGGGAGGGUCAGGGCCAGGGUUAUCACUAAAGGGAAGGUCCCCUUGCUGUUGCCAGUCUGCAUCUCCAUCCCCCAUUCCCUGGGACGCGAUGCACCGGCCCAGAUGAGGGGCCUUCUGACAGGUUGGCGGCCCUCAGGGGCAUGAAAUAGACUUAUUUUUUCCACAGA